AUGGGGAUUCCAAAGUUCUUUAGAUUUAUCUCCGAAAGAUGGCCGUUGAUAUCUCAGCUCAUUGAUGGGAAUCAGAUUCCCGAGUUUGACAAUUUAUACCUUGAUAUGAAUUCCAUUCUCCAUAACUGUACACAUUCCAAUGAUUCCAAGAGUGACGUUGUUGGGGCCAGAAUGACUGAAGAUCAAAUGUUCUCAUCUAUUUUCAAGUAUAUAGAGCAUUUAUUUGAUAUGAUACAACCUCAAGGUGUAUUUUAUAUGGCUAUAGAUGGGGUUGCCCCCCGGGCAAAAAUGAAUCAACAAAGAGCUAGAAGAUUCAGAACAGCUUAUGAAGCUGCUGAAAAUAUGCGUAAAGCUUUGGAUCAAGGAUUGGAAAUCCCAAAGGAAGAUCCCUUUGAUACUAAUGCAAUUACUCCAGGGACAGAAUUCAUGGCUAAAUUGACUAAAAAUUUGAAAUAUUUUAUUCAUAAAAAGAUCAGUGAAGAUUCCAAAUGGGCUAACACUAAAAUUGUUUUAAGCGGUCAUGAAGUCCCCGGUGAGGGGGAACAUAAGAUUAUGGAAUUCAUUAGAACUAUAAAAUCUCAACAUGAUUAUAACCCAAAUAUGAGACAUUGUGUUUAUGGUUUAGAUGCUGAUUUAAUUAUGCUUGGAUUAGUAAGUCAUGAUCCUCAUUUUGCCUUAUUAAGAGAAGAAGUAACCUUUGGUCCUCGUCAAACUAAAGCCUCCAAAGAUUUAACAAGUCAAACGUUUUAUCUUUUGCAUAUUUCAUUACUUAGAGAGUAUUUGGAAUUGGAAUUUGCUGAAUUACAAGAUCUGAUAAGUUUUGAAUAUAAUUUUGAAAGAUUACUUGAUGAUUUUAUUUUGAUCAUGUAUGUUAUUGGGAAUGAUUUCUUACCCAAUUUACCUGAUUUGUUUAUUCAUAAGGGUGCAUUCCCCUUAUUAUUGCUGACUUUUAAACAAUGUAUGAAAUCAACAGAUGGCUAUUUGAAUGAAUCUGGUCGUAUAAAUUUGAAGAGGUUUAAUAUUUGGUUAUCAUACCUCAGUGUUUUUGAAUUGGAAAACUUUGAAAGAGAAGAUGUUGAUGUUGAAUGGUUCAAUAAGAAAUUGGAAGAUAUAUCAAUUUCUGGUGAAAAGAAAAGAGAAAGAAUGGGUAAAAUGCUUAUUUUAAAAGAUCAAAAGAAAUUGGUAGGUGCAAUAAAACCAUGGCUUUUGGAAAUUGCAAAUAUGCCUGUUAGUAAAUUGAUUGAGUUAGAUGCAGAAGGAAAGUUGAAAAGUUUACCACUUUCCACCCAAGAUGUUGAAAAAUAUUUAGACUUUGUUCGUACUUUUGCUUUAGAAGCUGGAAUUGUCAUUGUUCAUUCAAAUUCUAGAGGUACUUAUGAAGCCAAAGUGGACAUUGAUGGUUUAAAUCCUUAUGAACUGGAAGACGAAUUCUCAGAAAGAUUAAAUGAUUUACGGAAAACCUUCAAGAAAUAUCAAAGUGCUAAUUUGGUAGAAACAGAAGAACUUAUGAAGGAAUCAAAAGAUGUUUAUGAUGCUAAGUUUUUGGAUUGGAAGAACAAAUAUUAUAAAGAGAAGUUGAACUUUUCAAUCCGUGAUGAAGAAGAAAUGGUGAAGUUGACUCAACAUUACUUGGAGGGUUUACAGUGGGUAUUGUAUUAUUACUACAGAGGAUGUGCUUCUUGGAAUUGGUUCUUUAAGUACCAUUAUGCCCCAAGAAUCUCAGAUAUUCAUAUUGGUUUGGAAAAGUUUUUGGAGCAGAACGAAAACUAUGAGAUUACUUUUGAUUUGAAUAAACCAUUUAAGCCAUUUGAACAAUUAAUGGCCGUUUUACCUGCUAGAUCAAAGGCUUUGAUCCCCAAAGUGUACUGGCCUUUGAUUACUGAAGAACAUUCUCCAAUCCAUGACUUCUAUCCUGAUGAAGUUGAAAUUGAUCUUAAUGGGAAAACUGCCAGUUGGGAAGCCGUUGUUUUACUUAACUUUGUUGAUGAAAAUCGGUUAUUGAAAGCCUUGAAACCUUUAGAGGAUAAAUUAACUCCAGAAGAGAAGCAAAGAAAUUCUUUUGGGAGUGAUAUCCAUUUUAUUCAUAACCCUCAAAUUGAUAAGAUUUACCCUUCCCCAUUACCUGGUUACUUUCAAGAUUUGGAGCAUGAUAAAUGUUAUGAAGAGAAGUUGGUUUUACCUCCAAUGAAGGAGUUGAAAAUUGGAUUGGUUGAAGGUGCUGUUAAGGGGAAAAGUGCAUUAGCAGGUUUCCCUUCUUUGGAAGCAAUCAAGUUUGAUUACAAGUUGAAUUUAAGUGAAAUCAAAGUUUUCCAGAUGCCUUCGAGAUCGGAAUCAAUGAUAUUGACUAUUGAUAAUGUUUGGGAAGAUUUGUCAGUAUACCAAUUUGCUCGUAAGUUUAUUGGGAAAUUGGCUUAUACACGUUGGCCCUUUCUUAGAGAAUGUCGAGUUGUCAAAGUCUGUGAUGAAGAAUCGUCAUAUCAAACAAUUAAGGUUGAUAAGAGUGGACCUCGGAAGUUUGUAACUACUCCCUUGGCAACAGAUGAACUCAAAGAUUACAAGCUGACCCUCAGAAACAUUAAGGAUACUUGGUCUAAGAACAAGGGUGUUGAAUUGGGUGAUAUUCAAGGUUUAGUAUAUGUCCAACCCGUUAAUGGUUUGAUUAGAACUGCUGACGGAGCAUAUGUUAAGACAUUUUCCAAAUCUUUAGAUGUUUUCCCCAUUCAACUUGUUGUGCAGGAUGUCAUUAACAAGGAUGAACGGUACAUGCCUCGUCCUCCAUUACCAAUUGACACUGAGUUCCCAUUGAACUCGCAAGUUGUAUUCUUAGGAGAUUUUGGGUAUGGUGCUCCAGCCACAAUUGUUGGUUACUCAAACGAUAAAACCAAGUUGAGUGUUCGGGUAUCCAAAAUUCAAAAUGGUAAUGAAACCAAUAUUGGUAAAAAGAGAUUACAAAUGGAAAGCAGAGAAAUCACUUAUUUACCAUCAUAUGAAGUUGCCAAACGGUUAAGAUUGAAUCCAUUAUUUUUGUCUAGAAUUACUUCAGGUUUCAUGAUUUUUGAUUCUAACAAUAGAAAGACAAACAUUGGCUUAGAAUUGAAAUUUGAUGCUAGAAGACAAAAAGUAUUGGGUUACACUCGUAAAUCAGGUAAUGGAAGGUUUUGGGAAUUUUCACCACUUGCUCUUAAUUUGAUCAAUGAAUAUAAGGAGAAAUUCCCCAAGUUGAUUCAACGGUUGAAUAAUGAUCGUGAUGGAGGGAAGCAAAUUCCUCUGUUGAAGGAUUUGGGAAUCACCCAGAGUGAAUUGGAUGAGAUUAGAAAAUGGUUGAAAUCAGUCAAGGAAGAAAUGAUCACCGUAUCUUUAGAAUCUGAAUCGUUUACAAAGUUCAGUUAUUCUAGUAUUGAGGAUUACAUUGAAAAAUAUGUGAGCCAACCAAUUCCAUUCCAUAACAAAGACAUUAAAGGUGUUCCUCGUGAAGCUGUAUUGGAUGCUGGGUCUUCUUAUCAAUUGCUAAGUGAUCAGAAGUUUGAAUUGGGAGACCGAGUUCUUUAUGUUCAAGAUCAUGGUAAAGUACCUAUUUUAUCAAAGGGUACUAUUGUAAGCAUCACCACUCUUGGACCCAAGAUUAGUUUGGGAAUUAUUUUUGACUUGCCAUUAUUAAGUGGAUCUAAUUUGAAUGGAAGAUUACGUACUAAUCGUGGACUUAUUGUUGACUCUUCUUUGGUUUUGAAUCUUACAAACAGACAAUUUGUUUAUCAUUCAAAGGCUUCCAAGAAUAGGGGUUCCCAAGCCAUUGACAAGGAAGCCCAAACAGUCAAGAUGAAGAAACUUCAAGAGAAGAAAAUUGAAGCAGCUCAAUUAAAGACUAAGCAAUCAAAUGAGAUCUUAAAGUUAUUGAAAAAGAAUGUCAAGACUGAUAGUGAGGAGGCUUCCGCUGAACCAGUAGCUCCAACUAAUGAAGUUUCCUCCUCCUCUAAAGAUACUUCAAUCUCUAGUUUGGAAAACCCAGUGGUUAACAGGAACACUAUUCAACAAGUUUACGGACAAAUUUAUUCCAGUGUCAUGAUGAAUGAUGGCUCUCAUCCAAAUGGUAUGGCUCCUCCUCCUCCUCCUCCAAUGCAACCUGGUGUGCCCCAACACAUGCAAGGUGCUUAUAUGGGGCCACCAGUUAUGAUGCCUUAUCCUCCUAUGGGACCUAUGGGAGGCACAAUGCCUGUUCCCGAACCUCCUCAUGUUAUGGGGGGUUACCCAGUACCUCCAACUGGAGCUCUGGCUCCAACACUUGAAGGUGAAGUGAGUAACAACACUUCUAGCCGUAGACCUCAAGGUAAGGCACAAACCAAUGGUGAAGGUACUGUUAAAGGUGGCCGUGGAGGCCGUGGAGGACAACGUGGGGGGCAACGUGGAGGUCGCGGUAAUUCAAGAGGAGGUAGUAGAAGUGGGCGUGGUGGAAGUAAGACACCAGAAAAGACAUGA